AUGGAGAAGAUAUACUUAUGGUUGAUGUUUUAUUGGACAUUUUUUUCUACAAAAACCGUCAAAAGUUCUGCAGUGGUUUCACCCUAUUACCCUUUGAAUGGUGAAGAUUUAAUCGAAGGAGAUAUCAAAGAAAUCGAAUUUUGGGAGAAAUAUUAUCACAGGCCGAAAAGAUCCGGCGAUGUGAGUGGUUCAGCUGACAUAGUCAACCAGUUUAAGUCAGCCUUAGUUUCGGGACUGAAGCAGAAACUAGGACAGCUAGCUCAAGGUUCGGCUGGUGCUGUAGUUGGGGCUUCUGCUGGUUUCAGCAAGGGCAGUUCUUCGGGACAUGGCGAAGCUAAAGGUCCGCAUACAUCGUACGAUCAUCCCCAUGUAACUUACGAGAAACCGUCAUUUAACUUGUGGGACCUGAAGAAAUCCGUACUCAAUACGCUGCUGCAAGCCGUGAAAGCCAUUCAGGGUGGAGUGCUGGCCAUCAAAGGGCAAAUAAUCAAAGGUAGCGGUUACGUGGUUUCCGGGGGAGGCAAACUUCUCGCGGCCGGAGGCGACAAAGUCACAGAUAUAGGGAAGAGCAUUAUCCAGAAAGCUGUGCUGGUGCCGCCCAAAACGCAUUCUUCGUAUCAUCAUUCGGGAAUUGGUACAUUUUGGUUCUUUCCAAAUACCACGACUUUAGUUUUAGGAGAAUUGAUCUUCAUCCCGUAUUUCUUACAAGACCCUUCAAGUCGUUCCACUAAACUCUGGAGACCAGUAUCACAAUCGGCAAUAAGAACUGUGUCAUCGGCAAAUCUAAUGUUGUUAAUGACUUCGCCGUUGACUUUAAUACCGCAGUCUGUUGAAAAGAAAGCUUCCCGAAAAAUCGCCUCAGAAUAA